AUGGGAAGGUAUGAUUACGUGGAAGUCAUCGAUGGAGAAAAUGAAAAUGGACGCUUAUGGGGGAAGUUCUGUGGGAAGAUCGCCCCUUCUCCUGUAGUGUCUUCAGGGCCAUUUCUUUUUAUCAAAUUUGUCUCUGACUAUGAGACACAUGGCGCUGGAUUUUCCAUACGUUAUGAAAUCUUCAAGAGAGGUCCUGAAUGUUCCCAGAAUUACACAGCACCUAAUGGAGUGAUAAAGUCGCCUGGAUUCCCUGAAAAAUAUCCCAACAGCCUUGAAUGCACUUAUAUUAUCUUUGCACCAAAGAUGUCAGAGAUUAUCCUGGAAUUUGAAAGCUUUGACCUGGAGCUCGACUCAAAUCCUCCAGGGGGGAUGUUCUGUCGCUAUGACCGGCUGGAAAUCUGGGAUGGAUUCCCUGAUGUAAACAGCAAUGGAGAUAAACUGGGUUUAGAGAAAGCUUAUAUUGUCAUUGGAAUUGACUUUGAAGAAAAGCAAUUUUACUCCCGAACUCAAAAUCCGAGGCAUGCACGGGGUGAAUCACACAUCCCCAUGUAUCACUCUCUGAAGCUCCACGGAUUCACAAGUAGCGACCCUGAAGUAAUUGGUGGAAGUUUACAUAUGGUAGACUUGGGUCUUCUGCGCUUUGUCACUGCUGUUGGGACACAGGGAGCCAUUUCAAAGGAAACCAAGAAGAAAUAUUACGUCAAGACUUAUAGAAUAGACAUUAGUUCCAAUGGGGAAGACUGGAUCACCAUAAAAGAAGGAAAUAAACCUGUUAUCUUUCAGGGAAACACCAACCCCACAGAUGUUGUGUUUGGAGUUUUCCCUAAACCACUAAUAACUCGAUUCGUCCGAAUCAAACCUGUGACUUGGGAAACUGGCAUUUCUAUGCGGUUUGAAGUAUAUGGCUGCAAGAUCACAGAUUAUCCUUGCUCUGGUAUGUUGGGGAUGGUGUCUGGACUUAUCUCUGACUCCCAGAUAACAGCAUCAAACCAAGGGGAGAGAAACUGGAUGCCUGAAAAUAUUCGCCUGGUAACCAGUCGCUCCGGCUGGGCACUGCCGCCCGCGCCCCACCCAUACAUAAACGAGUGGCUCCAGGUGGACCUGGGGGAAGAGAAGAUUGUGAGGGGCAUCAUCAUUCAGGGGGGGAAGCACCGGGAGAACAAAGUGUUCAUGAGGAAAUUCAAGAUCGGAUACAGCAACAAUGGCUCAGACUGGAAAAUGAUCAUGGAUGACAGCAAGCGCAAGGCUAAGUCUUUUGAAGGCAACAACAACUACGAUACACCUGAGCUACGGACUUUUUCACCUCUUUCCACACGAUUCAUCAGGAUCUACCCUGAGAGAGCCACUCACGGAGGACUAGGGCUGAGGAUGGAGCUGCUGGGCUGUGAAGUGGAAG